UGGCCAGUUCCGUAAGGCGGAACCUGUGAGGGGUUGGGUUUGAACUAGGGAUCUUUCGGAGCCAGUGAGGGACCCGGGAGCCCGUGGGAGAGGCCGCUGCAAGCGCGCUGCUGGGUUGGCUGCAGGGUUUGCAAUUUCCGGAGGGAUCGGGCAGUCUUACGCGCUGAACCUGACGGUCGUAGUUCUGAUUAGUCUUCUCUUUUCUGCGCUGCAGUUGCCAGGACUUCGGGGAGGCCUACAAAGACAUGACCACCAACGCUAGCCCCGUGCACCCAUACUGGCCUCGGCACUUGAGGCUGGACAACUUUGUGCCUAAUGACAGCCCCACCUGGCAUCUCCUGGCUGGCCUCUUCUCCAUCUCUGGGGUCUUAGUUGUGACCACAUGGAUAUUGUCAGGUCGUGCUGCGGUCAUCCCACUGGGGACUUGGCGGAGACUGUCCCUGUGCUGGUUUGCAGUGUGUGGGUUCAUUCACUUGGUGAUUGAGGGCUGGUUCAGCCUCUACCACGAGCACCUUCUCGGAGACCAAACCAUCUUGUCUCAACUGUGGAAAGAGUAUGCCAAGGGAGACAGCCGAUACAUCCUGAAUGAUACCUUCACGGUGUGCAUGGAGACCAUCACGGCUCUCCUGUGGGGACCACUCAGCCUAUGGGUGGUGAUUGCCUUUCUCCGCCAGCAGCCCCUCCGCUUUGUCUUACAGCUUGUGGUCUCUGUGGGUCAGAUAUACGGGGAUGUGCUCUAUUUCCUGACAGAGCACCAUGAUGGAUACCAGCACGGGGAGCUGGGCCACCCGCUCUACUUCUGGUUUUACUUUGUCUUCUUGAAUGGCCUGUGGCUGGUGCUGCCUGGAAUCCUCGCUUUUGAUUCUAUAAAGCAACUUGCUCGUGCCCAGAGUACGCUGGACGCCAAAGCCACAAAAACCAAGAACAAGCAGAACUAAAGAGUGAUGAAUUGGGCUUGAACACUGGCUGUUGAGGAACUCUUCACCUGCCAGAAGAUUCCAAUCCUUGCUCCCACAGGUUGGAAGGACAAAUCAAAUUGAUCUGUCAAAUUCGGGCUGAUGGAUGGGCGGGGGAAGAAAGGAGCUGUGUGGAGCUACUGUCAGGAGCCGUUGGGACAAAGGUACAAGAGAAACUAGGAAGUCUGUGAUGUGAUGGUGACAGUUUUUUAAAUCAGGAAAUAAAGAUCUUGACCCUAUA